UUAUUUCUAAGAGUGUAGUGUGUAAUGCAACCAUCAAACAUUCAAAGAAUGGCAAAUUUCUCAAUAAUGCAUAUGUGUAAAUUCCCAAAUUGAAUGUGUAUUGGAAGGAAGGCCUGUGUUGUAGCGCGAGCGCUGCGGUCUCAGCGUGUCUUGACGGUAGGGUCACUUUCAGCGCUCUCACACCCUGCGGCAGUGACCGAACCGCCCGACGUCGCCCAUCCGUCCCCCAGUUCUCACAGAGGUAACCUUGGCAUCCUGGCCACGCCGUGACAGCAGGUUUAAAAAUAAACCCAGCUCCGUUAGCGUGCUGAGGAUAAUGGCCCUCCAACGCAUGCCACAUGGGGGGUCUCGCGCACACACACGCAUACAUGCUCACUCAGAGGAGACCACAGAGGAAGCAGUGAUGCUAUAGACAGCAGGGCUUGCCUGUAACAAAUACUAACUUUAGCAUGAUUGUUGUGUCACCUUUACAAAGUUGCAGUCUUUUGAACAUUCAGUUUGAGGUGUAUUUAAGCAAUAUCACAGAAAUGUCUAUAUAGUUUUUAUACAAUUUUAUUUCAGUUUUAGUUAUUUUAGUAAAUUGAGUUAAACUAAAUGAAAAUGAGAAAGUUUGCUGAAAUAAGUUCGUUUUUCGAUACAUUUUUAAUAAUUUAUUUUUAAAUUAUUUUAGAUAUUUUUCUGUUAACCUUUUUCGAUUUUAUUUAUUUAUUUUUAAAAUUUGUAUUUUUUUUAGUUGGCUGUAAUAACCCUGGUCGCAUGUAAAGCCGCACAUGUAUAUAUGCAUCUCACGUCGCUAACGCUAACGUGCGGCCCGUCCGUUGCACUUGCUCUCUAUUUGCAUCAAUCCCACGCAUUGAGAGCAAACGAUCCGAGCGCCGGGUCCUGAUUUGCUCGGUAAUCAAAUGUUGCGGGGGGAAAAUGCUAAGUCCGCUAAUUUACACUUUGGAGAGGAGGGGAGAAAAAAACGUGAGGCCGAAUGUCCGUGGGGUGAUACGCGGGCGUUUAUCAGAGAAUGGUAUUGGUAUUGAGCGGCCAGUCGUUUGAAGGUUAUGUUUCUGAGCAGUAAUUGAAAUGCAAAAUAACAUUAGGAUCGAUGGUUUGCUCUGUUUAUUUAUGAAAUCAAUAUUGAAACGGUCUGUCACCAUUGCGGCUCUGAUUCCACCUGACAGCCAAACUGAGUGUGCUGCAUCCAGACCUCCGGCGGCCCGAGACACAGUCAUUACCUGCACUGCAGGCAGGAGCGGAAGCGCCAGGAACUGGGUGGGAUUUAGGAAAGGAAAUGAUGUCGCCACAGGCUGCUGAACAGGAUGGCCGCUGACGAGCGGCACAUGACGUCCAGCUGUGGCUCCUACAUUAAGACAGAGCCCUCCAGUCCGUCCUCUCUGGUGGACACGGCCAGCCACCCCAGUCCCGGCGCGCAUUCGGACGCCAGUGGCGGCUACGCCAGCGCCAUCAACAGCCACUCCAACGGCCUGGACUCUCCACCCAUGUUCACAGCGGGCGGGCCGCUGGGCGCGGCGGCCAGCGCUUGCCGCAAACGCUACGAGGACUGUUCCAGCACGUUACUGGAGGACCCCGGCUCCAUCAAGUGUGAAUACAUGCUCAACUCCAUCCCAAAACGCCUGUGCCUGGUGUGCGGAGACAUCGCGUCGGGGUAUCACUACGGCGUGGCCUCCUGUGAAGCCUGCAAGGCCUUCUUCAAGAGAACAAUACAAGGCAACAUCGAGUACAGCUGUCCGGCCACCAAUGAGUGCGAGAUCACGAAAAGAAGACGCAAGUCCUGUCAGGCGUGCCGAUUCAUGAAGUGCUUGAAAGUUGGCAUGCUGAAGGAAGGUGUUCGGCUAGACCGUGUACGAGGAGGGCGACAAAAAUACAAGAGGAGAAUGGAUGCAGAAAACACAGCCUACCUGGGGCUCACACUGCCACCGCCAGCCAAAAAACCAUUGACAAAGAUCGUGUCCCAUCUGCUGGUAGCGGAACCAGAGAAGAUCUACGCCAUGCCAGACCCCACCAUGCCCGAGAGCGACAUCAAAGCCCUGACCACGCUGUGCGACCUGGCCGACCGCGAGCUGGUGGUCAUCAUCGGCUGGGCCAAACACAUCCCAGGUUUCUCCAGCCUGUCUCUUGGAGAUCAGAUGAGUCUACUGCAGAGCGCAUGGAUGGAGAUCCUGAUCCUCAGCAUCGUGUUCCGCUCGCUGCCCUACGAGGACGAGCUGGUGUACGCGGAGGACUACGUGAUGGACGAGGAGCACUCGCGGCUCACGGGCCUGCUGGACCUCUACGUGUCCAUCCUACAGCUCGUGCGCAAGUACAAGAAACUCAAGGUGGAGAAAGAGGAGUUCGUCACACUGAAGGCCAUCGCACUCGCCAACUCAGACUCCAUGCACAUAGAGGACGUGGAGUCGGUUCAGAAGCUCCAGGACGCCCUUCACGAAGCGCUGCAGGACUACGAGAGCUGUCAGCAUGCAGAAGACCCUCGACGGGCGGGAAAGCUGCUCAUGACGCUGCCGCUGCUCCGGCAGACGGCCACCAAGGCCAUCCAGCACUUCUACAGCAUCAAGAUGCAGGGCAAGGUGCCCAUGCACAAACUCUUCCUGGAAAUGCUGGAGGCCAAGGUCUGAUUGGCCGCUCGUCGCGUGAUAUCAUCGAGGCCACGGCGAGCGGGGCGUGGCAGAGACUGCGGAGGACGGACGCUCCUCCGACGGACGCGCGGGCUGCGGGACGCUCGUCUCUCGUCUGCCCGAGACG